AUGAUUGUUCUUCCUAAUACUCCACCCACGCCAGUCCCGUGGAAGGUCGAUACGCUGCUUGUGCCGCCUGAACUCCAGGCGAUCCGGGCUUCUCUAUGUACGUCGUCAAUUGCGUCUCAGAGUGAAACGGUGCGUUAUAUACUGGGGCUACUGGAGUACUUGGAAGGGCUCUUUGAGUUUCUUGCGUUGGAAACACACGAAAAGAACGUGCCUCGGUUUGCUGGGAAGGCGCUGGAGUUGACGCUUACGACGCAGAUUCCGUGGCGGAAUAUCGAGAAGAAGGAGCUGAAGAAGUUGUUUAAGCUUAACUCUAAGCCUGAUAUAGUGUGGACCUUGUCUGCUGAGAUCCAGCUGGUGACGGUCAGCUUGGCUAUGCUGUAUAUCAAGUUGGGUGCUGAGUUGGCCAAUGAGCUUAUUGAUACGGAUAUGGGCCUGGAGCCUGAGAAGGAGACCGACGAGAAGUGGAAAGCGGUGACUAGCCAUUAUAAGAAGGCUACGAGUUAUAGUUUGUUUGGAACGCAGUUUACUAUGGGCAGCUCGGUCAUGACCAUUGACCCUAGGGUGUUUGUUUUGAUCGAUAAGUGCAGCCAGAUCGGGAUCCAGAUGUCGAUUUUAUCGAAGUUCUCCUGGCUCAAUAGGAACUCGUAUAAUCUGAACGAAACGUUUACUUCGAGCAACAACAAUGUCUUGUGCCGGGUGGCGAUCUUUGUGCUUGACGAGGUGGCGGCGUGUGUGAAUUUGUCCAGAGAAUUGGACCUGAACGAGUCCCAAUACUUCAGACUUAAUUAUAACGGCUGGGAUACGUAUCUUGAGGUGGUGCAACGGUACGCCACAGCGUAUGCUGGGCUUUUUUUGUCGAUUGAAUACUACCAAAAGGAAAGCCUUGGCCAGGCCAUUGGCCUUAUUAAUUUCUCCUUGUUGUCACUACAAAGCAAGAGCAUGGCAGACUUGAAGCCUACAAAGAAUAAGAUCUUCAACAAGUUCAAAACGAAAGUUGCAAGCAAACGCAACGAGCUGUUCGUGCAAAAUCUUAAUUCGAUAACGUCGCUUCGGAUAGAUAAGUCUGUGUUUCAAGAGCUGUCAGGGCUUGUGCUUAAAGAUCUCCAGCUUCUUUUUGACCAGCUCGUUCAAUGCCAUUUAAAGUACACCAAGGAGAAUGAUAACAUAAAGUUUGAUGCGAUUUCUGACUGGAAAGACGUUCAUGGCGAUUCCAGAUGGCCGUUUGGCAACAAGAUCCCUGUUUCGGCAGUGGAAGCAUAUUGUCCCAAGGCCUUACAACAAGAAGCUCCAGAUACCAUCAAAGAAGGAUUCACAGGACGUGGGUCGUAUUUCUAG